AUGUGGACUACUAGCGGCCCGUUGGCGCUGCACGCGCUGCACGCGCUGCAUGCGCUGCACGCGCUGCACGCGCUGCACCUCACCGUGGGUUUCGCGGAGGCGGACGUGGGGGUUCAUGUGCGCUCGAUUGAGCUGAUGGAUUCUCCCGAGGGCAGAAUAUGCGUUAAUUCGAAAUGCUUCGAGAGGAGCGGUUGCAAGUUCACGGGCACCAAAGUCAGGUUGGAAUGCAGUGCCGAGCCCAGCCCCAACUUUCAGCCGCUCCCGCAGUUCACCUUUCGCAUUGACUGCAGAGGGGCGAAGGGAAACUUCCAAAAUCUGACGCUGUAUAGUCGUGGCAAAGCCUGUGGCCGACUGGCCUAUAAGAAGUACUACAAGAAGAAUGGAAACAGCUCAGGCCAUUUGCCGAUCCCAACAACUCCUUGGCUGCCUUUGAUUUCUGAUCAUAUUGUGACCUUAGAGAAGGAUGAUGUGAUGGACCUCCAGUGUGUGCUCCUGCCCUUUGACCCCUUUCGCCAUUGGAAGAGUCCAAACUCACGCACGCAUCCUUGGUCUGCAAGCUUCCGUUUAAUUUCGGAUGGCCUGAUUGAGUCCGAGAAAUUCCAGAAAUUCAUCGACUUUUGCCUCUCUUCCCCCGUGAGCAUGCUUCCAUCUUGUGCCGCAGCCGUGGAGAAGACCUAUGGGUGGACGAUGGAGUUGUGGGAAUCCAUCAAUUAUACCCAUUUUCUCCGCCUCAAAAGCCCCACCUUGGGGUUCCUUGAACCUCCCAAGCUGGAUCUGGAGACGCAGCAGGGGGAAAUUUUUCAGGUGGACAAAGAUUUCUUGAAGGUAAGAGUAUUGGAAACUACCAGUGAUUGGCGAUUUCAUCAGCCUUCUGAGGGGUUGGUGAAGCUUGAUGAAACUUUCUACAGCUCUUCCAUUGGACCCAAUGGGACCUUUGCGGUGGACUUGAAGCUGGAAGUGAACCCUGAUGCACUUCCCCUAGAUGCAGAAAAUGUUAAUGUGACGCUGCAAGUGACGUUUCCCCAGAAAAGGGGCCCAACGGUGUUUUCCGUGAUGGUUCCUAUGAACAACACAGGAGUACCAGCUGAGGGCGAAUCUUUUCCCAUGGUGGUGAUUUGGUUCAUUGUGUUCUUGAUGCUGAUCUUUCUGGUGGCCGCCGUGGGCUAUGUCUACCGGGAUGAAGUGGCACAAAGUUUCUUCUUCCCAACGGUCCCAACGUCCAGUGAAAGGCACCAAAGCUCCAUCGAGCUGCGGAGAACUUGAGCUGGGCAGAAAGCGAGAGUCGUUUUUGGUUUAGCGCCAUGAUGGACUUCGGUUUUUGGGACGCUUUAUUUCAGACACCCAGCAAAUUGAUGCAAAUUGCUGGUACAACAAACAUGGUCCAUGUAAAGCUGCCAGGCUUAUCUUCAACCAAUCACGAAAGGUAGCGUUAGCUAUCUGAGUUAAUGUGUGUUUGCACAAGAGCGGUCCAUUUGUACUUCAUAGUCAUGUUUUGGGAGCAAGUAGGAAAUCUUUACUUGUGGCCUCCCCCCAAGUUGCAAAUGGUGCAGCUGAAUCUGGCUCCCCGUGCCUACUUUGACGGAGUGAAAA